UCCCCUAUUUUAUUCCGUCGUUGCUGGAGAAGACUUGUUGCCGGCGCCGGAAGAGACAAAUAGGGUAUUUUUUUUUGCUAUUGUUUUCUAUCAUGUUCUUUCUCCAGCCAACGGAGGCCGAAGUUGGAACGUCGGAACGCCGUGAAGAACAUCGACUACGAUAUCUUCUCCCCUUCGUCUUCGUCACCACCUAGUCAUCUCUCCCCUUCUCUCCGCUGCUACUCGCUCCCUCAAAAUCUUUUCUAUCACCAACAAGACUAGCUUCCGAAUCGAAGGCACCGAUGAGCUCAACCAAAUUUGCCCUAAGAGAAUCCCAGAUGAAAGAAAAUAUUUGCGUUUUCCGGAGGCCGAUAACCGGAGGUUGCCGAAUGUGCUUGCAGCGAGAAGUUUCGGACCAUCUUCGCAAGGCCGGUUACGACUGUGCCAUAUGCAAGUCCAAGUGGAGGAGCUCUCCAGACAUCCCAUCAGGAGAACACACCUACUUGGAUGUGCUGGAGAAAAGUCCUAAGAAGGGGGAGGUGAGAGUGGUGAUUGAAUUGAAUUUCCGGGCUGAGUUCGAGGUGGCAAGAGCAAAGGAUGAAUACAACUGGUUAAUCAACCGGCUUCCCGAAGUUUUCGUUGGAAAGGCUGAAAGGCUAAGAACCCUAAUCAAGAUCUUGUGUUCUGCUGCUAAGGAAAGGAAUGCAUGAAAGAAAACAAGAUGCACAUGACCCCUUGGAGGAAGCACAAGUGCAUGCAAGCCAAGUGAUUCGGGCCGUGCGAACGAACCACGCCGGCUCCAUUGUUUCCGGUGGGAUCUUCUGACCGGACGGCAAAGCCAAGAGUGUCGAUGCUAAGGUUCGACUUGCUAGAGAAAUUGCCAAACCUACACUGUACAGCGGUUGAAGUUGUGUGAUUCAGAGAUCAAAACUCAGUUGUGUUUCCUUUCUUACUUGUAUCACUUUGAAGCUUACAGUAUAUUCUCCUCUGUAAAUUUCGGAGAGAAUAAAAAUACAAAUAUGUAUAGAA